CACCGGCUAGUGACUAUGCUACAAAGUGCGCAGUUUCCUUUUCCUCCUUUGUCAUUCUUCAGCUAUUCUUUGCGCUGCGUGCGUAUCUGCGCUCGUAUUUCUACAAGAGCUAAAUAAAAUUGGCUGCCGUUUAGGAUUCUGCCAAGUAGAUUGUGUAUAUUUUAAUUUUCAAUAUUAUCCAUAGCUUAUUUAGGUAUUUAAUUAUCAAUAAAUACCACAUUCAGACACUUGAAACAAUCACUCAAAUUACGCAAUAAUUAAGAAUGUUAAUUUAAAGGAUUGUAAAUUUAUGUGGAUAGAAUGUAAUAUAUGUAAUGAUUUUGUUGAAAUAGUAAUUUCGUGGACUGAGUCUCUAAUUCUGAACUGUAUAAAUAAGAAAUCAGUGUUUCGUUUGUGAGAGUACUGUUUCAUACACAAGACGCCAUAUUAGAAUGGAAAAAUUUAGGGCGUGGCACAUGAAUUUUGAUUGCUGUUCUCGGAGUUAAAUUAAUUUGAAGUUAUCUACUGUAAAAUUAGAAGAAAUGUCCAGCAUAGAACCAAAACAACUUCUUGGGUGCCUUAGUGGACUUCUUUCUAAUAAUGGUGGCAUUAAACGCAGAAACGAAGUCCAAAGGAUUGCACGUCUUAUGUCUAAAUAUUCUAAGAAAUUAGUAUCUAAAUGUAUCUACAUACAAAUUCUGAAGUGUACAGAAACUGAACUAUUGGAUUUGUUCAUGAGGUAUAAUGGAUGGCUUUUAAUUCACUUAUGGUUAACAGAAAGCAUAGUAGCAAAAAACUGGCCUCUUGUGAAAGAAUUACUGGAGUUAUUGUUGUUGUGUCCUGUCGACUUAAAUCGACUUAAAACUAAUAAUUGUCCAAAACUCGUUAAAGAAUUAUCUAAGGAUGGAGAUCACUUUGCUAUUAGAGCACUGGCUUCAAAACUGGUUGAGCAAUGGUUAAAAACUGUACAAGGAGAAAAAGUAGUUCCUGUUUUACUGUCUGAUAUUCCUCAGAUAAUUAGUGAUGGCAACGGUGAAAUAAAACCGGAGAUAGUUAAACUAAAAUCUGAGGUAGAACAAGCAAAAGAUACUGCAGAAAAUGAAGAGAGUACUGUUAAAACUGUUAAAACUGAGGAAUGCUGCAAGAGUGAAAGUAUAGAAAUAACGCCCACAGUUAAGGAAGAAAACCAAGAACCUUCCAAAACUGAAAUCAAAAUAGAAACAGACCAACAACUUGAGACUUUGCCUGUCCUUAAAAUUAGUUUAAAAGAUGGUGUUCAAACAGUGUUGAAAGUUGAAGAUACUGAAAACAAAGAUUUGAAAGAAUCCCCAACCAGUGAAAAGUUGAAAGAAAACUCCAAAAAUAAAGAUAAAGAUAAAUCGAGUGAGAAAACCAAAAGUAGUCACACGAAAUCAAAUAGUUCGAAACAUUCGAGUAAAGCACGUUCUUCGAGUGAUAAACAUAAGAGUAGCAGCAGCUCUAGUCGACACAGUAGUAGCAAGGACAAGAAAAAAGAUAAGGAUAAGGAUAGAAGUUCUCAUAGUUCUAAAUCUAAAAGUGAUAGUAGUAAGAAAUCAUCCAGUAGUAGUAGUAGUAGUAAUAGUAGUAGUAGUAGUAAAACAAAAGAUGAUCGUAGCACUAAAAAUUCUGAAAAAGAGAAAAGAGAGAAAGAUGAGAAACUUGGUAAGAAAAAAGAUAAAGACACAAAAGAAAAAUCGGAUGAAAGUAAUGAACAUAAGACACCUUCAAUAUCGAAGCUAGGAAAAAUUCCAAAGCUUAGUGAUUUAAAAAAGGAAAAGCCUUCUAUAUCAAUAGAAGUGAGAAAGCCUGACGAUCCAAAACCGAAAACUGUAAAAGCUUACAAUUCAAAAUUUAGGAAACAUGGAUUGGAGGAGGAGAUAAAACCGCCGCCAUCGCGCUCUGUACUAUUAAAUAAAAAAGCACCACCACCACCCAUACCUCCCAUAGUCUCUAUACCGAAAAGACAUUCUCCAGUACAUAAUGAAACACCACCUGAAAAGAAACUUAAAACUAUGGAAAUAGUAGAAAAACCUGGUUCUAUUAAAUUAAUACCUCCCAAACCAAAACCCAUGACACUUUUGGAAAGCGAUAUGUUUAUGGAUGCACUCAAUGCUUCAGCGACAAAUAAGAAGGAACCAAAGAAAAGAAAAAGGCGUACGAGCGGAUCGAAGGAUGGCAAUCCUAAUGACGGAUCACCUCCACCUACACCGACAUCACUCAGUAGUCCCACAAGCGAAAGUAAAUCUGUACCGCCAAGGUUUUACCAAGAUACUUUGGAUGCAGAAGAACGUAAAGACAAAAGUCAUGAAAGUAAAGAACCAGUUAGUCCCGUGACCACAGAAAAUGAAGUCGAAGACGACAAGAUGGACGUUUCUGGGCCGCAUACAUUAACAGUUAAUGGAUUAAAAGGGGUUUUAUGUUAUCAUAGAAAAAAAGGUCCCAAAAAGAACAUUAAAUGGAAACCUGACAGUGAACUAGAAACAAUUCAUGUAUUUGACCUGGAUGAGACUGAAAGAAUAAAUGUCACCAAAACAUUCACGGAUAUGAAAUAUUUAGAAAGAAUACACGAAAGGGAAGCUUUCGAAAAAGCAAGAAACCUUAGUAAUGACGACGUUAUGGAAGAACGUACAAAUUGGAAGCCUUUGAUUUUAGUAGAUUUAGAAGGACAAUUACAAGUAGAUUAUGGCAAAAACAGUAAAGAGAAAGAUAUACAGGCACUACGACAAAAAGUAACCUUACAACCUUUAUAUUUCAACAAGGCAAUGAUUCCUGAUUCCCCAAUUGAACCAGAAUUAGAAACUCACACCUAUUCUGAACCCUCAAUAAUUCCCUUGGAAGAUGUCACUGGAAAUCAAGAUAAUAUAAGUGAUUUUAGAAAUAUGCCUUGGCCUGAACCGAGAGGUAAUGCUCCACCCCAAACACCGAGUAAUAUGACUGUUGGUGCUAGUCCAUUAUUCCCUAACAAUCUCACACAAUUUUCAAACACUUUUCCUAAUACGCAAUUUCCUGGAGUACCACCUGCCUUCCAAGGCCCUAACAUCGUUCCUGGUGAGUGGCAAAAUGGAAUACCCCAACAGAUGAUACCAAAUGGAAUGCCUGGUCCAAUAGGAACCCACAAUUUAGCACCAGGUGUGAUGCCUCCCGGAAGCCAUCCACAAGGUAUGAUGAUUUCACCUGAGACUAUGAUGAUGGCUCCGGAGAUGUUCGGAAACCCAACUCCAAUGAUUCCUGUACCACCGGAAAGUUUCAAUAUGCAACAGAAUAUGUAUCCGAUGGAUUUCAACAUGGUAGGUCCUCCGGGACCGGGCCCCGAAGGUUUUAAUGGCCCUGGCCCUGGUUCUGGUCCCGGACCUGGUAAUUUUAGAGGAGCCAUGCGUGGUCGCGGUGUCAAUGGUCAUUGGCGCGGAAAGGGUGCGGGGAACUGGGAAAAUCCGUCCAGGGGUGGUAGAGGAGGAGGCCCUCGCGGGAACCGAAAGACAAUUUGUAUGUAUUUUCAAAGGAAGGGAUCUUGUCGGCAGGGCGAUAAUUGUACAUUCUUGCAUCCAGGUGUGAACUGUCCUUUUUAAAGAGAAUAAAUGUAAAUAUCUAAAUUAGCCAUAUUGUAAAUAAAUAAAGUAAGAUUAAAAGUAAAUUAGCUGUAAAAGAGUUUGAUACUCAACAAAGACUGGUAAAAUAGCAAAAGAUAUAAAUAUAUUAUAAUGUUAUGUAUAUAAAAGUUUGUACUGAGUAAAAUAGAUACGUAAUUGAAACACUUGCUUUUUUUUAUACAAUUUAUGUAGUAAGCAUGACGAUUUAGUUUUAAAUAAACCUAAUCUUUUAUAUUGAUAAAAUAAUGAAUCAAUAAUGAAACAAAAAGUAGACACAUAACAAUAUUGACCUAGACAAUGUAGACAACAUUGUUGAGACACUGUGACUGACAUCAAUAGUUUAAAAAUGGUAAUUUAGUUAGUUAAAAGGCGGCAGGUGACAUGCACAUGAAAAACAAUCGUAGCCACUUUUGUCGGUGACUUGCUGAUGCCUUAACUGUGAAAAUUUGAAAAUGAUUAAUAUAAUUAAAGAUUUCUAAGCGUAAUACGUCAGAUUUAAGCCUUAGUAUAAACCUGGCAAUGUUGAGUGGAUACCGAAGUUCAAAGACAUCACAAUGUGUAUAGCGCCAUCCACUGUGAGACUUGAAUUAUAUCUCUAAACUGUAUAGUAAUUACCAAACUUACUGGUGGUAGGACCUCUUGAGUCCGCACGGGAAGGUACCACCACCCUGCCUAUUUCUGCCGUGAAGCAGUACCUAAUGCGUUUCGGUUUGAAGGGUGGGGCAGCCGUUGUAACUAUACUGAGACCUUAGAACUUAUAUCUCAAGAUGGGUAGCGCAUUUACGUUGUAGAAUUCUAUGGGCUCCAGUAACCACUUAACGCCAGGUGGGCUGUAAGAUCGUUCAACCAUGUAAGUAAUAAAAAAAAUACUAUAACUUUGCAGUUUUAAUUUUUAUUACACGAUAUUAUUCCUUAACUCCAUCUGUGACCGUGUAUAAAUGUGCGAAAAUAAAGCAAAGUCACUGGAGAUGGCUUCUCGGAUUCCUUCAAAGAGUCCACUGAAGUCUCAGUAAAUACCUAACCACCAUUUUACUGAGUCUUUAUUUCAUCUUUCAGCUCAUCUCGUUUCGUUUAGUUGCAUCCCAAUCGAUUACAGUCUGAAAUACAACAACAUUACCUAAUUUGGCACCAAAAUAUUUUUCAUACAACAGCGCCCCUAGCGGCAAACGUUCCAACUCCAUACAAAUUUGAGUUAACUUUUACAUAAGGAGGGUAGAGGUAAGGAGAACCGUCUCUGUAUGAAAAGUGUCCGUUAAAAUCUGCUAAAUAAGGGUGGUACUACAGUAGCAACCGAGUAAAUUUAAAAAAAGGCGCUGAAAGUUAAUAGGUUGAGAUAGAGAAAUAAAAAAGGACGAAAGAACUGUAAGCACUACAAAAUCACAAAAAGUAUUUUAUUUAAAGCUAAUAUGAAAAUGCAAUCGACGUCUCCACGUUUUACCACAGUAAUUUUUUUAUGUUGUAUUGACGAAAUUAGUUUGGACUACGUAAACAUGUGAGGUAUUGUAUAUUACACUGUCACUAACUACUUUUUUCAUUAAAUAUAUUAAAUUUCCUAACUCAGCAUACUUCAAUCAGUUAACAGCUGCUCAAUUCAUAUCAUACCCUGUGCCUAUGCUAGCGCCAUUCUGGAGGAUUUUGAACUAUUAUUUAGUACUGAAAGUGGGACACUUCUUCAAGCUUCUCCCAUAUGAGACGGUUCUGCUUACCUCUACCCUCCAUACUUUUACAUAAUUGAGAUGGCUAAAAAACUCGCACUAUGUAUGUACUUGCACACCGAGUAGGUAUCGUAUCUAAUUUAAAGUUGAAGAUUUUUGUAAGUUUGUUACUGGCAAUUACAGGAUCACAAGAAGCCAAUUGCCAUACUUAAAAAAGAAGAUACCAGAUGAUAAGCACCAACGAUUAUCCCUAUUAAACUUAGGGUGUUUAUUUAUUUAUGUCAAUGGCCUCGCGGACCAUUCGCUGGAUUAAUUUGUUUUUCUUUGGAUCCUGCAAAGGUAUGCUAUGCGUAACAGAUGUUAGGCGUCGUGGCCUAAGAGAUAAGACGUCCGGUGCAUUCGUGUUGAGCGAUGCACCUGUGUUCGAAUCCCAGGCGGGUACCAAUAAAAUUUUUCUAAUGAAUUGCGUACACAUCAACAAAUGUUCACGAUUGACUUCCACAGUGAAGGAAUAACAUCGUGUAAUAAAAGUGAAACCCGCAAAAAUUAUAAUUUGCGUAAUUAGUGGUGGUAGGACCUCUUGUGAGUCCGCGUGGGUAGGUACCACCGCCCUGUCUAUUUCUGCCGUGAAGCAGUAAUGCGUUUCGGUUUCAAGGGUGGGGCAGCCGUUGUAACUAUACUGAGAUCUUAGAACUUAUAUCUCAAGGUGGGUGGCGCAUUUACGUCGUAAAUGUCCAUGGGCUCCAGUAGCCACUUAACAUCAGGUGGGCUGUGAGCUCGUCCACCCAUCUAAGCAAUAAAAAAAAAGGCGUACUGAUGGUAGGACUUCUUGCGAGUCCACAUAGUAGGUAUGUAUCACCACGUUGCCGACUUCUCCUGUGAAACGGUAAUAUUACGUUUUUGACGUGACAACGUCUUAUAAUUCGAUGGAGCCGGCUGCACGCACGAAAAAACAUGCGGCGUUACCUCGCUCUGAGGCGUUCCAUUUAAGGCUUGAAGUGCAAGCGAGAGCGCGCAACGAGCGACAAAGAGGCACAAUCGGCCUCCGCGUUCGGCAGCGUUCGACAUCUGUCUCUCUCCUAUUUGAGUAAGCGAUGCAUCCGCGUGGACAGCUACUAUACAAUAAUACAUUUACAUGUUUUCGUCAAGUAUGAAGUUCAGUGAAUGUGGUGUCAAUUGUUUAUAGCAACGAUGAAAAAUGAAACCAUUCCAUCAGUAUUUUCUUAUGACGUUGUCACGUUCAACUAUCGUCAGUAAACCAACUUUACAGACAACCGAUUUUUUUGUUUGAAGGGUGGCAGCCGGUUUUUAUAAAAAUAUAUAUAAAUAUAAUGUAAGGAUUCAUAGAUACUAAAAAGCUUAAAACAAGUUGUGCCGAUAAAGUUAUUUCACAGGAAGACGGGAAUGCGUUUGCAUUUUUUAAAGAAUCAAUAACUUUUGUUCAUAUUUUCAUAUCUUGUGAAAUAAAUUACAUUACUGUUUUUAGGUAUUUCUAUAACGGAUCAACGGAUCGAUGUAGGAUCUGCGGUGUUUAUUAAAUAUGUGAAGAUUGGUAGGUUCUCAUAAGCUCUCGAAGGGCUUCGUAGGUUUAACGGAGUACCUGGUGAUGUCAGCGAUUGGCGGCGCCACGUCACUUUUACAAAUUAUGACGUCAGAAUCGCUAACGUCAAUAGAUUCAUUAAUGUCAUUGUCUUCCAUGUCAACAACAUUCCAGAGUUCCUUGUCCUCCAAAAGUAAUUAAGGCUCACUUUUCCGAUGAAUUCCAUUUGUUUUAUUUCAAGUGUACAACAAUAACAAGAGAAAGCUUCACCUCGUUCGGCUGCUCGAGGUGGAAUAGGUGUAAUAACUACAGAUUGUAUCUUUUUAGUUUUAGUUUCCUAUCUUCCUAUCUAGGGGUUAUGCGAGUGUAAUCGGGCGAGAAUUGUGCGACAGUAGUCACUCGUAUUUAUAGUAGAAAAGUGGGGUAACUUAAUCAUUAAUUCUCUUGAAUACCGUAUUAUGCUUAUAUGCGUAACAUUAAGGAAACAGUUACUUAACUAAGUGGUAAUGUUGCGCUAGUAUAUAUUAUUGUUGUUGUAUUGGGAAUAGCCAUUCGAAAAUUUUCACAAUUUUGCACUUCGGCAAACAAUUUAUUUUUCUAAUUCAGUUCCAUGGUCAAUGUAAAAUAAAUAAAAUGAACUGCUUUUUUUAAGAAAGAUUUUGUAUUACUAGCACUUCAUAUGGAAUUUAAUUCUGAAAUACAAAUUUAUUAUUAUUAUUAUUAUUAUUAUUUACUUGUCAGGCAACAGACAUGGCUUUGACCUUUGUUACGAUUUGGCUGUAUGGGCUAUGUGCUAUUUGUCUGUCUAAUGGACAAAUCAAAUAUGUAGGUAUAUACCUAUAUAGAUCACAGUGGUUUCGAACAGGUGAAUGAAGUUAGCCCCUCAAAAAAAAAUUUUUUUCCUGUUUUCUACUUAUUUUCUAUUAAUUCGUUUGUUCAUCAUUUGUUCUUGAUUGUUCACUGUUAAUAAUUGUUUGUUCCCCAUUUAUUUAUUUUAAAAAAAAUAUUAAAAAUAUAUCUAAAAGUUAGCCCCUCGAUUGCAAUUUUUAAUAUUUUUUCGUCCUUAAUUACUCGUAAAUAUUCAUUUUCGAUUGUUCUUAUAUAAAAUACGUUUGUUCUCUUUCGAAAUUACUCAUUUUUUGUUUAAUUAAUUGUAUUACUUGAAUAAAUGUAUACAAAAUAUGUGUACUGCGCAUGCCAUAAGUGUAUAAUCUAUGGCGCAUGCGUCAACUAUAAUGCCUAAACUUUCUACGCGGUUUUAAUCGUGAAAAAAAAAACAAUUAUAAAUCCUGAAGGAUCAAUUAAUUGGUAUACAGUUUAAUUAAAAAAAUUAAAAAAUAAAUAAAUAAAAUAAUGUGCAUUCGCGUAAAGUUAGACCAAAUACAUUUUUUCCAUCCUCCUAUAUACUUAUCGCUAUGAAGGUAUAAAAAAGAUAGGUUAAGAGUUCACAUAGGUAAUAUAAACAAAUAAGUAAAUAUGUUCAUUAUUUAUCUUUCAAGAGAUAAUGUAGGUAUACAUUAUAAUAACAUUUUGACACAGUCGAAAUUAUAUUCCUAACAUUAGUAAAAUAACAUUUUAAUAUUUUUUUUAUAGGUUAUGUAUUGAAAUUGUUGGAAAAUUAUUUCAUGUUUUAGCUGGAAAACGACAUGGAGAAUUAUAUGCAAUACAAGAUAAUGAGCUCCAUCAAAUGAAUUCGAAUGAAACCAAACUGUUUACCAUCCAAAUUCGAUUGUCGGGCAGAUAGAAAACGAAAAUUCACUCAUAGUGAACCUCGGCCUGCAUUUGUGAAACGGCAAAGACUCACUAUUAUCAAGGAAAUUGAAGAGACGACUAAAAAUGAGAUGUGUCGUAUUAUUAUACCUUUGCCAUCUUGUAGUCAAGAUGUCCAGCCACUUGAAAAUAGGUGUAGUAAUGACAAAGCUAUCCAAGUAGCUCCAGCACAGGAACACAAAGGCAAGGCAAGUGUGUAUUGCCACAUCACCCCUUAAUAUAUCUGAAGCAAGUAUAAGUAAACAAUCAGAACCAGCAAAAAAAAAACUGUUGUUCCUGAGGACAAAUUUGACAGUGAUGAGUCAAAUGCACCAGCAACAGAAGGAUCAACUGUUGACUAUGAGUUAUCUCUCUAUAUCUCCACUCCAUCAAAGACUUGUGCACUUCAGACUAUAGCUCUCAAGAAGACUAAAAAGUUGAAAAAAUGAAUGUGUUAACAACUUUAUCUAAAGUGAAAAAUAAACAACGUUUAUAUAUUUGUCUUCCACAAGAAUUAUGUUUCAUAAUAGGCUUGAUUGAGAAACAUACAAAUGUUUCUGAACAAAAUAUUAUAUUAUGUCUGAUGAGAAUAACAUUAAAUAGAACAUUCUCUCAAUUGGCUGAUGAUUUCGAUUUAUCUGUAAGUCAAGCAAGCAAUAUAUUUUUCAACAAACUCCCAGAAAUUGCAAAUGUAAUAUCACCCCUUGUUAGACUAUAAAAAAAACAAUACAAUAAAUAUAUAUGCAGGAAGGAUAAUUGAUGUCAACUUGGUGGAAAAUAGAAAGUUUUUAGAUAGUUUGCCACCUACAAAACUCUUUAAUUAAAUAAGUAAUCCUUACUUAUAAAUAGGAAGUUUUGUAAGUAUUUUCACUCUUCAUUCAGAAACUACUGAACAGAUUUUAAUAAGACUUUUAUGCUGGUCUUCUAUGGCUAGCAACUCAUUAUUAUUUUGAUUCUGUUUUCCACAAAUGUGCUAAAUAUGGGCUUAUAUAUAUGAAAAGGAAUAAAUAUUAAUGUUAUGUAACCUUUGUACCUGUAUGUUAAGAAUAAUUUUUAAUAAAACAUAAUUUAAAUUGAAA